AUGGCGUUUCUGAACGCGCUCGGCCUCUUUUACAUGUUCUUGGCGCUCGCGAUCGUCUGCGACGAAUUCUUUAUGCCGUCGUUGGACGUUCUCUCGGAGCGCUUGAGUAUUCCACCAGAUGUCGCUGGGGCCACCUUCAUGGCCGCAGGCGGCUCCGCGCCCGAGUUCUUCACGGCCAUGGCCGGGAUGCUCCAGCGCCCGCCGGGCGACGUGGGGAUCUUCGCGAUCAUGGGGUCCGCUGUUUUCAACGUCCUCUUUGUGAUCGGCAUGUGUGGUAUUGCUGCACCAGAUGCGCUGUACUUGACGUGGUGGGGAACGUCUGUCUGUCACUUCAUCGGUUUCUGA